ACGAACGUUCGUUUUGCCCAACCAUGCAUCAUACGAACGUUCCGAAGAAGGCGCCGCCCUCUUCUGCCUCCAAGGACCCGCCGCUGCUGACGCUACGAUUUCCCAAGAAGUUGUGGAAGAUCGUCAACGAAUGUAAGUCGGGCGCUAUAGCCUGGUCCACAGACGGCACAGCUAUAGUGAUUGACUACGAAAAGUUCCAGGCGGACUAUCUCGACAAUCGGCUUGACAUCUUCAAGACCAACAACAUCACCAGUUUCAUAAGGCAGCUCAAUUUGUACGGAUUUCGGAAGGUCAGCCCUCACUACAGGAUCUCUACAAGCAGCUCCGAAGGUCCCGACGUGCACGUCUUCCGGAACGACGCCUUUGCUAGAGAUCGGCCAGACCAGCUGCAGGAAGUGACGCGCAAGACUGGAGCCUUGCGGGCCAGGGGGCUCCACAAGCACAAUGGCUGUGCGCACAAGGAGUUUCAACAAUUCGAGGAUGGUGUCGUAGAGGGGCGCAUCAUGCACUGCCAGCCCCUUUCGGCAGCCUUCAAGGACCACCCGCCACGUUCCGGACACGGGUGCUGCGACAUAAGCGCCUUCACUAACGGGACUUGCAUCGGAUUCCCUAAAGGACGGCCACCGUCUCGCCACAAGGCGAUGCAUCACAAGCAAAGCGAUGAGAUGGCCCGCUUGGAGGGGUCAUCACGCGCUCACGGGGCUUCGCUGAUUGGGUGCCAGUACAGUGGUAUCUGCUGGGAUGGCACUUCCUUGCACUCGCAUGACUCUGCCAGCGACACGGCCACCAGCGAAGAUGACUGCAUAGCCAAUAACGCCCAGCAGGAUUGUUCUUAUUACCAGUCUCAGGAACAUUUCCCGCCUCUGCCGCUGCCACAGCCACCACCACCACCACCACCGCCACCACCGACCCCAGUCUCGACUCCGUCACCAUCUGGCUCACAAGCAGCGAGGACCACCUGGAGGCGGAGGCACUUGCCACCGCUGCGGCCGACACGUCGCGCGCAGUCUGCCAUGCGCGCCGAUGCCACCAUGGCGCCCAAAGGCGACUUGAAGGCUCUGCUCGACCCCAACGAGUCACCCAAGGUGGUUCUGCUCCACCCUGGCCGUGAUGCUGAGCGUGUUUGCACACCACCGCUCGAGGAUUCAUUUAUGCUUAACGGCCACGCCCGUGAGGCUGAAGCGCCGAGUGACAACAGCCUUUUCUAUGUUUUCACGACCGAGGACAACGCUUCCGUUGACGUGGCUGAACCAACCGCUGCCUUCAUCACGAGCCCUGCUAAAGCGGCAGUGGCCGCUGCUGCCGCCGCCGCAGCUGCUGCGGCAGCCGCUGCAGCGCGGUUUCAGAAUUCCGUGUUAGCCACAUGGGAGGAGGUGGCGACCGCCUCGCCAGCACUAUUCAAGACAAGCACCAGCGGCGUGCCUUGUCCCACUGGUGCCUACUACUGCGUCUGACCUUGCCAUCUAAUUUCCCUGUCAUAACUGCUUCGUAGAAACUCUCAUUCUGCGCCCAACCUCGGACCAUUUACCUCUCUUCAUUAAUGCUUUUUUUUUUUUCGCUGGUAUGCUUAUUUACACUUCCUUAACAUUUUGUUUGCCACCGUUUUGUGCUUUUGUACAUGGUGUUCUUGUAUAUAGCUUGGGCAACAAGUAACUGCUCUUAGUUCAGGCCUUUUAUAACCACUAACUUUUGACUUCAACUCCUUUGACUUAUACACUGGCUUUCGGUAGUUUAUUGAUGUGCUGUGUAUUUCUUGCUAAAUGCACUGCUCAUUUGAUUUUUUUUCAUCUCGAUUCAAGUGGAAAUGUUGUCUACUUCAAAUAUCUGUAAUCUUUGGGAGCAAUAAAGGUGUUUUUUCCAAGCUAUCGAAGUCGUGUUUGGUUGGUCCGCACAACACUGCACUCGUUCACAUGGU